UUGGCGACGGCGAAUCCCUAGCGAACGGCGACCCCUAGCAGUGGCGGCGGUGGAUCUAGGGGCUUCGGCGAGCAUGCGUGCGUGGAUCUGACCGUGCGGCGAGAGAAACGUGGGGGAACGUGCGGCGAGUGGAAGGGGGAGGAGCAGCCAUGGCGUGGAAGGGCGCCGGCGUGCGCCCGGAUUGGUUUUUGGAUGGACCGCACUCAAUUCAGGGACCUGGUUGCUGAUUUGGUUGAGAAGUAUCCUCAUGAAUACGGUGAUAAAAUCAGCUUGUUCUUUUUCUGCACUGAGACUAAAUGUCACAUCCCAGUUCGCAAUGACCAAGAGUUGGUUGAAAUGUUUGCAAAACAUAGGGCUGUAAGAACAUGUUUGUUGUCUGUUGCUUAUCAUAGCGCAAGUAGUGAGCCCCCUGUGCUUCCUGAUUGGGAUUAUUGUAGGCCAAGCUUUGAACCCCCAUUCACCCCUUCUAUUGCAUGCCCAAGCUUAGCUGAACCAACCAGUGGCUCACUCAAUCAAUCUGCUGAACCAACCAAUGCCACAAAGAGACAAUGUUCUGAAACUGAAUACCUAUGUAACCCAAAUCCAAUGAAUGAGCAUGUGGGUGUUGAUGAUGAAGGGUUGUAUAUUGAUAUGGGUCUCAGCUGUCCCUCUACUCUUCCUAAUCAUGUGAACCAAGGUGGCACUGCAGAAAUGGGAGUUGAUAGUUCUGGGGAUGAUGAAUGCAAUGAGUCUGAAUCUGACUUUGAAUCAUCUGAUGAUGAGGUAGAAGACAUAGAUGAUGAAAUUAAAGACAGGGAGCUAGAAAAUAUGCCUGAUGCCUUUUAUGAUAAGAAGGACCCCUCUAUGUCUGUAGGAACAAUUUAUUCAGAUAUGGAUGCUUUUAAGAUUGCUUUAGCUAGCCAUGCUGUCAAACAUGAGUACAACUAUGACAUUGAGAAGAGUGAUACAGGGAGAUACAGGGUGAACUGCGCACAAAACAGUGAUGGCUGCAAGUGGAGACUUCAUGCCUCAACUGGAAAGGAUGGAAGCAUUAUACAGGUGAAAAAAGUCCCUUACCCUCACACAUGCCAGAGCACUAGGAGACAAGGAAUAUGUGUUGGGGUCACUCAAUUCUGGGUGUGCAGUCAGGUCAUCGAUUGGUUGAAGGAAGAUGGAAAUAUUGGGCCAACAGAAUUGCAGAGAAGGUUGAAGGAACACCAUAAAAUCCUGGUGCCCUAUAAGAGAGUGUAUAAAGGUAAAUAUCUUGCCAUGGAUAAAAUUUAUGGGCCCUGGGACAAGAGUUUCAAUAACCUAUAUAGACUUAAGGCUCAGUUAGAAGAAUCUAGUCCUGGAUCAUUUCUUGUUAUUGAUCAUCACACCAUAAACAAGAAGAUCAGAUUUUGUAGGCUAUUCUUUGCACUAAAAGCAUGCGUUGAUGGAUUUCUUAGAGGUUGUAGGCCAUAUCUUGCAGUAGAUAGUACAUUUUUGACUGGAAGGUUUAGGGGACAGUUGUGCAUAGCUUGCGCAGUAGAUGGGCACAACUGGAUGUAUCCAGUAGCUGUUGGAGUGAUAGAGUCAGAGACCAAUGAUAAUUGGAUCUGGUUUAUGGAGAAAUUGAGGGAAGCAAUAGGUACCCCAGAAGGCCUGACAUUUAGCACUGAUUGUGGCAGGCUGUCAUAAAGGGGGUUAGUGAAGUUUUUCCAAAUGCUGAACAUAGGGAAUGUAUGUACCACCUAGUUCAGAAUUUCAAGAAGAGGUAUAGUGGGAAAGUAUUUGAUGAUCAUUUAUGGGCUUGUUCAUAUUCAUGGAGCCCAUAUAUGUUUGAGCAACACUAUCAAGCAAUGGCUGCAGCCAAACCAGAGGCAAUAAAAUAUUUGCAAGAAACUCACAAGAAGUUGUGGACCAGGAGCCAGUACAGGACUGCAUCAAAGGUAGAUUAUGUCACCAAUAAUCUAGCUGAGUCAUUCAAUAACUGGAUCAAGCUAGAGAAGGGAAAACACUUGGAUGAUUUGCUUGAUACUAUCAGGCAGAAAAUUUUGAUCAAAUGGAACCAAAGGAAGAAGGUAGCCAAGAAGUUUAGUGGGAAAAUUCUACCUCACAUCCUGCAGAGGCUUAAAGAAGAGAGCUACAACCUGGAUAUUGAGGUGAUAACAGCCUCUCCAGAAGGUGUGGCAGAACUAUGUGCAAAAGGCACUAAUGGCUCUGGGUUCAGGUUUGUGGUCAGUCUUAAAGAUAGAACCUGUUCUUGUAGGGUUUGGCAGGGUUCAGGCAUCCCAUGCAAGCAUGCAAUAGCCUACAUUACAUCCAUUCCUGGUGAGAAGCUAGAGGACCAUGUGGAUGACUACUUCUCUGUCAAUAAAUUCGGAGUUGCAUAUGAGGGUUCCAUCCCUUGCAUACCAGACAAAGAGCAUAUGGCCCAAAGGUAGUAAUGGGUUCUUCUUGCACCCACCCUUGCUUAAGUCCACAGCUGGAGGUAGGCACAAGAACAGGAUGAAGUCAGCACUUGAGGGAGGAAGCAGGAGCCAGAAAAAAUCAUCAAAAAAACAUGAGUGCCCAAUCUGCCAUUAGUUAGGUCAUCACUGGUACACAUGUAAGAAUGGCAACCCAGAAGAUAUAGCUGCAAUGGAGGCAGAAAGGGGUCUACCAAAGAAGAGGUUGAAGAAAGCUAUUCCAUGUAACACAGAGACCAGUAUAGUGUUGGCUAAUCCCUCCCACAUGGUAUUCCCAGCCAAUGAAGCAGUGGCCAAUGCAACCCACAAAAAAAGGAAAAGACAUUCUUCAUCUGGUGCCAAUAAGAAGAAAAAGGGAUCAUCUGCCAUUAUUGCUACUACAACAUCAGAACCUGCUAGUGUGAGCAACAGUGUGUCUAACAGCACACGGUCUGCAACUGGUUCCAACGAUCCAGUGCCACUUCAAUCUGUCAUACCUUGCCCAGAUGACACAAUUCAACAAGAUACCCAGCCACUGCAGGUUGUGCCGCCACAGAUUUCACCAACGAAAAAGCUGUGCACCAAAAAGAAACUAACCCCAAGAAAAACUCAAGUUGCAGCCACUACAUCAAGCCCAGACACCCUGCUAGAAACACCAGGAGCAAAAAACUCCAGAUGCAGUGAAAGGUGCUUCUUCUUUUGGUCUGUGGCAUCUGUUCUUGUCUUUUGAUGGUGAAAAUACAAUGUGCCAUGUGGUUCUUUUGGGCUGUACAAAUGCAAACUAGUAAAUUAGUUGCUAAGUUAUAUUUGUUGCUGACAUUUGGUUCGUGCUGUCAUGUGAUGAAACAGCUAUGUAUGCUGCUGAUAUGUAUGCUAUUUUUUGCAUUUUGGACAAUUAAACUAUCAUUGCUCAUUCAUUCUUCCUUUUA